AUGAUAAAAUAUAACAGUGCUACGCUUGAUACUACUCCAACUGUAGCGAAUGAGGAAGUAACUGACGAAGGAAAAGGAGGGAAGAAGAUGAUGAAUAUUACUCCAGGAGAUCAAAAAAAAAAACACCGAGAACCCCACAAAAAAUUUGGAAUCGACCAAAUGAUGAAAAUGAUGAAAGAAUUAGCAAUGCAUGUAAAAGACAUAAAAAAAGAACAAUACAGAUCACGAGACGAAAUUACGCAACUUAAGAGGGAAAUUACAGAACUAAAAGAUCAACACAGCGACUACAAAGAUGAAAUAAGAAAGUUGCGUGAAACAAACGAAAAAGCUAUUAAACACAUAGGCCAAUUAGAGAAGAAAAUUACUGCACCAAACAAAAAAAUAGAGAAACUGGAGAGAGAAAAAAAGAGGAAAAAUGUAGUAAUACCAGGACUAAACAUAGACACAAAUGAACAAAAACUAUUGCGAGAGACCGUAAAGAACUUUCUAGAAAAGGAACUAGAAGAAAAAAGAAGAAAAUACUGCCUUAGUGGAACUUAA